AUGGCGGCAUCUGGUAUCGAACUCGAGCCUAGCUCCAGCAAGAGAAAGGUCCCUCAAUCUUCUGGCUUAGAGAUCGAAACCCCAAAUACCAAGACCGGUGUUGUUGCCGGAAGCGUCAAGGAAGUUCAUCCGUAUCAGGACACCGAUGACUACAGCAUUCAUGAAGGCACCAACGGCUAUGUCGCUGAAGAGCACAAGGUUGUCGAGACCGCCGAAGACUUGGUAAAUCAAGUACUGAGCGUGGAAGAUGAUCCCACUCUCAAUCCAUGGACCUUCCGAAUGUUCUUCUUGGGACUCGGGCUGUCCAUCUUCGCAUCUGUUCUUCAGGAAAUUUUCUACUUCAAGCCGCAAACGAUCUAUGUCUCCAACGUCUUCCUGUGCGUUAUCGCAUAUGUACUUGGUGAAGCCAUGUCAAAGGUCCUUCCUAGUAAGGGUGUGAUCGGAGGUUACUUAAAUCCACACCCUUUCAACAUGAAAGAGCACGCUGCUAUCACCCUCAUGGCUUCCGCCGCCGGUCAAUCUGCCUUGUCGACAGAAGUACUUGCCGCACAAGAGCUCUGGUAUGGAGGCUAUCCUAGCAAAGCUGGCGGAGUUUUUGUCACGUUAUCAAGCCAAUUGAUCGGAUACGGCAUUGCUGGACUUCUUAGAGAGGUGCUCGUUCACCCCACUAAGAUGUUAUGGCCCAUCAAUUUGCCUGUAACCACCUUGUUGGAGAGUCUUCACAAAGAUAAGGUGGUUGCAAAGCAAAAGAUCAGAAUCUUCUACAUCAUCUUCGCAGUCAUCUUUGUAUGGGAAGGAGUCUCUAUCUUCUGCUUGGCUGAUCAAAACAAUUUGGUCUUUACUAACCUCUUUGGUGGAGCCAGUGGUAACGAGGGUCUCGGGUUUCUCAGUUUCUGCUUCGAUUGGCAGUACAUUGCUUCUCUGGGCAGUCCUCUCUGGCUACCACUCGAGACUAUGACGAACAACUUCAUUGGCUAUAUCGGCUGCAUUGUCCUGUUCAUGGGUCUUUACUAUGCCAAUAUGUGGCGUGCUCAGGAUUUCCCUUUCCUGGCUCAAGUACUAUUUACUGGGGAGAGUAACGGCACUUAUUACGCUCAGUACAAUCAGACCCUUAUAUUGAAUUCGAAGAUGGAAAUCGACCAAGCCCUACUGGACAAUGUUGGACCGCCAUAUUUGACGGCGACAUAUAUCGCGUAUCUUAUAACUUCGAACGCCGGGUUCACCGCUACCUUCAUUCACAUGUUUCUCUGGAACUACGAGGACAUCAAGGCUGGUUGGGCUUGGGCGAAGCCGAGCAACCUUCGAAAGUUGUUCAAGCCUCAGACCUACAAAUUCUGGCAGAACCAAGAGUCGCCUCAGGAGCGGCUGGCCAGAAAAGAAGCCGAUCCGGAUCUCGAUCCUCACUAUAAGCUCAUGCUCCGCAACCUGUACCCAGAAACGCCAUUGUGGUGGUGGGGCGCUGUCGUAGUUAUCUCGUGGGCUGUCGGUCUAGCAUGUCUUUAUGGCAUGAAAUCGACACUUCCAUGGUGGGGAUUCUUGCUGUCAACCGCAUUAACAUUUUUGUGCGUCUUGUUCUUUGGAGCCCAGAUGGGCAUAACUGGUUUCCAAUUCAACAUUCAGCCGAUUUGCCAGAUGCUUGCUGGCUAUAUGUUCAAGGGCCGUCCUCUCGCCAACAUGUAUUUCACCUGUUAUACCUACAACGCAUUGCAAAUGGCGGAAGUAUUAGCCAAAGAUUUGAAGACAGGACAGUAUAUGCAUCUAGCACCAAGAACUACAUUCUUUGUUCAAAUUUGUGGCUGCAUCGUUGGUGCGCUGUUCAACUACAUCAUGAUGAUCUCCAUUGUCCAAAACCAAGCCACAAUCCUCAGAUCCAUCGCGGGCAGUAAUAUUUGGAGUGGCCAAAAUGUUCAACAAUUCAAUACUCUUGCUAUAGCCUGGUCCAUGCCCGCUGAGCUCUUCUCCGUUGGCGGCAGGUACGAGUGGGUUACGCUAUCUUACCUCAUCGGGUUCAUCGUUCCUGUCCCCUUCUGGCUGGCUUACCGCUACACCAAACAUCCCGUGUUCAGGUACCUGAACAUGUCGAUCAUCCUGUGGUACAUGGGUUGGCUGUUUGUCGGCAUCAACGCCAGUAUUCCCAUGUUCUUCGUCGUCGGUUUCAUCUCGCAGUGGUUCGUUCGUCGCCGCUACCCUGAGCUGUUCGUCAAGUACAACUACAUUGUCAGUGCCGCACUUGAUGGUGGCACUCAGGUUCUUGUCUUCAUCUUGACCUUUGCGGUCUUUGGUGGAAGUGGUAAGGCUAGACCUUUCCCCACUUGGGCUGGUAACCCGGAUACUACCCUGCACAACCUCGAUUACUGCAUGGUCAACCCUGGUACUUCGGGAUGA